UUACUCAUUUUGUUUGUUUUUUUCUUCAUCCCUCACAGGGUGCGACAAAGAUGGUGUCCACUUGCCCCAGACAAGUAGUUUUGGCCAGUGGACAAGUGGAUUAUCAAUCGUACUUGUCCUUUGGACAAGUGAAUCUUCAGGAAAUAAAUAAAAAUAAGGUGUCUUCGGUGGAGAAAUUAGUAUAAAAUUAAGUUUUUGCAAGUGUUAAACAGAUCACUUUUCGCAAACGAAAGUUACAAGUUAGAAAUGAAAUGAAUUGAGCACUUAGGAUUUAACCGCCAUUAUAUUUCAGUGAGUACCAAAAGGAGCCUGGGACUCAUUUGGGGUAUCGAUUUGUGCAUUUAUCACUAGACCCUCUAAGUAACUUUCAGCACAUAAACAAUGGCUGACCAGCGAAGCAUAAAAGGCUAUUUUGGUGCACCGGAAAACGCAGAAAAGCAACAGAAGAGAAAAGCAAAUCCUUCAGCAGAAGGCACCAUGGUGAACGAGAAGAAAAAAAAAUCUGAAAAUCCAACAGUUCGAGUUCGAAAGUUUCAGGAAUCUUGGAAGGACGCCUUCCCGUGGGUAGUACACGAUGCGAACCAAGAUGUGAUGUAUUGUUCCAUAUGUAGAAGAUAUCCCGCGUUUGCAAAUCUUCAAAGUUCUUUGUACAUUGGCUGUGGAUCAGGCGGAAAGUAUCGCAUAGAUUCGCUUCUUCAUCAUAAAGCGUCAAAGGAGCAUUAUCGUUGCUCGCUACAAUUUGAAAAGGAAUCGAAUCCUGACUACGUAGAACCGAUUAAGGCAGCUGUUCAAAGAAACGUGGUUAAACUAAGUGAUAAGUGUCAUUCUGCACUUCAGUGCCUGUUCAACACAGCCUUUUUUGUAGCACACGAAGAACUCGCUUUCAGAAAAUUUGCUGGUCUGUGUGAGUUACAGAAGAAGAAUGGUGUACAAUUUGGGGACCAGUACAAGAAUGAUAAAGGAUGCAAAACAUUUAUUAACCACAUAGCCCAAGUAGAGAAAGGUAAAAUUCAGUCUGCAGUGAGUGAUAGUAGAUUUAUGUGCAUAUUAUCAGACGGAUCUACUGAUUCUGGUAUAGUAGAGCAAGAAACUGUGUAUGUCAGAUAUGUUAACAAGAAAGGCCGGUCAGUUUGUCAUUUUGCGGAUAUAGCUGCCUUAGAAUCUGCUAAUGCAGAUGGAAUUUUACAUGCAAUCGACCAGAGUCUUGCUGGGAUUGGCAUAACUGAGACAACUCUCCAACAAAAACUGGUAGGAUGUAAUUUUGAUGGUGCUUCAGUGAUGCUUGGUUCGAAGACAGGAGUUGCAACUCAGCUAAACAACAGAGUCAAUCAAAACAUUGUCAUCAUGCAUUGUGUUGCGCAUAAUUUAGAACUUGGGGUUGGAGAUGCCAUUAAAACUGUCCCUUAUCUGCAAUCUUUUUUGGACAAUGUCUCCCAAAUCUUUCGAUUUUACUAUUACUCUCCUAAAAAAAGGAGAGAACUUCAUGGUUUUGCUGACAUCUUUGAGGAACAGGCUGCCUACUACAGUAGUGGCUCUAAGAAAACCAGAUGGGUAGCCAGUCGACACAGAGCUUUGUUGGCCUUAGAGAAAAACUUUGCUAUUACGGUAAAACACCUUGAACAUGUGGGUACAGGGACUGGUGAGGAUGCAGCAAAGGCUAGAGGCAUGGUGAAAGCAAUCAAGGCUGAAAAGUUUGUAAGAUUUUUAUACUUUCUCCUUGAUGUUACUAAAAUUCUGAGAGAAUUAAGUCUACAGUUUCAAAGUGAUGACCUGUUCAUUACUGAAGUCAGCACCAAGUUGGAGACAGCUCUAACAAAACUGGAAGGCCUCAAGGAUUCUGAUCCAUUGCCCAUAACAGCUACUUUCCAAGCCAAGUUCCAGUCAAACUAUAAUUCUGAGAGUGGCCUCUUCAAAUGUGGAAAAGAGAGUAAUCUUGAUGUUGUACUGAACAAGGGAAAUGCGAUGGGGAUGCAACAAACAUUUUCUAACUUUCUAACUGAUGCCAUUGCCUACAUUGAGAAGAGAUUUUCCAGCCUGUCUAAACCUCCAAUGAAUUACUUUGAAGUAUUUGAUCCUACCAAAGUGCCAGGGGAGAGAAAGCUGAGAGCCAGUUUUGGCAAUGACAAACUAGUUGCAUUAACUGAUCACUUUAGUAACUUGUUGUCUGAUGAUGAAAAGGAAGGUGCUGUUUUUCAGUGGCAGGAGUUGAAGAUUUACCUCUUCAGUCACCAAGCAAUGAAACCCCUUGAUGUCUAUGCCAACUUAUUGUCGUCUAGGCCAGAUAGCUUGAAGCAUAUUCUUGUCUUAGUUGAACUCAUGCUUAGCCUCUCCCCUUCCACCGCCAAAUGUGAGAGGUGCUUCUCGGCUAUGAACAGAAUAAAAACGAAUUUGAAGACUCGAAUGGAGCAGAGAACCUUUGUCAGAUCUGCUGAGGAUCAAAGGAAUGGACUGUGAAAUAAACGACUUUGACCCUAACCCAGCAAUUGAAGCGUGGCUUCUUGGUGCCAAGACAAAAAGGCAUGCGAUGAAAAGAGGCCAUGAGGCAGCAGUGGUUGUCCCCACAGAUGGCCCAUCUGUCAGUGGGCCCUUCAAAACUCCUCCUCUCUUGCCUCCUUUGCCUGAGUUACCUCAAAUAGACAGCUCUGACAGCGAUUCAGAGUAGUGACUUACACAUAUUAAAAGACUCAAGAAACAACACUGUAAAUAAGUAUACCAUUACUUGUAUGCAUUAUGAGUACUUUAUUGACACUUCAAGUGUAGUUGUAGUUCCUUAGUAGAAAGGUUUAUUCCUCAACCAUUAUCAUGCAUCAGAGCUUGGAUUUUACUCUACAUCCAAGGACAACUAGACUUGGGGUUUGGACAAGUAAAACCAGAACCUCACUUGUCCAUUGGACAAGUGGAUUUCAAAAUUUUUUUCUUACCCUGUCCCUCACUGUUUCAGCCAUGAAAAAAGAGUAUUUUUCCAAGAUUUGGU